AUGGCCGCUUCCGUCGCUAUGGAAACAGAUGAUGCUGGAAAUCGACUUCGGUUUCAACUCGAGUUGGAAUUUGUGCAGUGUUUAGCAAACCCAAAUUACCUUAAUUUUCUUGCCCAAAGAGGUUACUUCAAAGACAAAGCUUUUGUUAAUUAUCUUAAAUACUUGCUUUACUGGAAAGAACCAGAAUAUGCCAAGUAUCUAAAGUAUCCUCAGUGUUUACACAUGUUGGAACUGCUCCAGUAUGAACACUUCCGAAAGGAGCUGGUGAAUGCUCAGUGUGCAAAAUUUAUUGAUGAACAGCAGAUUCUGCACUGGCAGCACUAUUCCCGGAAGCGGAUGCGUCUUCAGCAAGCCCUGGCAGAGCAGCAACAACAAAACAACGCAUCGGGAAAAUGA